CGGCGACCCAUUCCAGAUGUGGACAAGUCACGUGCGGAGUUAGGAAUUUGAUGUUAUAAUGUUAUCGAUGCAAGUUCUAGCGAACAAUCCACCAGGAACGCAUGACAGUAACCCAUUAUACAAUCUGAGCCAGUUAUACGCGCGUCUCAAUCUUGACUGACGCCAGCAAUUCCCCAAUUUCCCCAUGGACUCUGCGACGGAGACCACAAGACCGCUCCGAAGCGACAUUCCCGAUAUGUUUCGACCGCCGGUGAAUCGUGCAAUGCGCACGCUCGACCGUUCGUUCUUUCGCAAGACGGUUCCGAUUACUGCGGCGACAAUAUUUCAGAAACCAGAUAUCGCCACUGUACGGGCGAAGCUGACGAAGAGUCGAGAUCUCCUAUCGCUGCCGAGGCUCAAUGUCAUUCGGGAAGUGAAGGAGAAUGAUGUGGUGAGGAAGUGUCUUUUGUUGCGGGAGGAUAUCAAACAUAAUGAUUCUGCGACUUGGUCGAAUACCAUAAAUGAACUGGUCGAGAAGGGGACAAUCGGUCUCGGGCCUUAUACAUUGGAGCUUGACUAUGAUUUCUGGACAUAUUCUGAUAUCAUCUGGGCAAUUUUGCCAGAGGAAGAACACACGGAAAUCCCCGUGGGGUUCACGCAGGUGGGACAUGUUGCGCAUUUGAACCUCAGAGAACAAUAUCUGCCGUAUAAACACCUCAUCGCGGAGAUUCUGAAAGAUAAAAACAAGGCCAUUCGCACAGUCAUUAAUAAGACAGAGGAUGUGGGGUCCCAUAGCGAAUUUCGCACCUUCCCCUUCGAAUUGCUGGCAGGUGACAAUGAUCUGAAUGUCAUCCAACAUGAGCAGGACUGUGAGUUCCAUUUCGACUAUUCGCGUGUGUACUGGAACAGUCGCCUGGAGACGGAACAUCGUCGCCUGGUAGAGAAAUUCCGCCCAGGCCAGAUGGUCUGCGAUGUUAUGGCGGGCGUUGGUCCAUUUGCUGUACCUGCAGGCAGGAGGAAGAUCUUUGUCUGGGCCAAUGAUCUCAACCCGCAUGGUUGGGAGGUCAUGGAGGAUGCAAUUAAAAGAAACAAGGUGAAAGACUUUGUCACAGCUUUCAACAUGGAUGGACGGGAAUUUAUCCGUUGGUCGGCCAAGGCUCUCUUAGAACAGGGUCCGGUAACAGUUACCAUUCAACCGAAAAUACGGAGAGAAGCGAAGGGGAAGGCAGAGACGGACAAGAAGGAGCGGCCACCACCACCAGCAGAGAAGUAUACCCGUCCGACUGUCUUCGAUCACUAUGUCAUGAACCUCCCUGCCACCGCGAUUGAAUUCCUGGACGCAUUCCCAGGCGUUUAUGCUGGAAAGGAGUCGCUGUUUGCACCGCAUACGUUGCAGCCUUUACCCAUGAUUCAUGUGUACUGCUUCUCGGGACAUUCAGACAACCCACUGGAUGACUACAUUGACAUCUGCAGGCGCAUAUCAGAGCGGAUCGGUUAUACAAUCACUCCCGAUGACCUUGAGGGGGGAAGCGGAAACCAAGAGUUGGAAUUCACCAUCCACAACGUUCGAUGUGUCAGUCCGAAGAAGCAGAUGUUCUGCGCUAGCUUCCGUCUCCCGAAGGAAGUCGCUUUUAGGGAAGGAUAGGGCUAGACGGUGGAGCAUGGAACGAGGCGUUAGGGGCAUUGCAUGUGGAUUCCGAUAAUGCAGAGCUGGAAAAAUUCGAUACCCUUUAGUUACUCAAUUGUUUGGAAUCUCCAGAGUAGAAUUGUUUCGCAUGUAGACCUUAAGAAACUAUGAUAACCACGUCAAAAAAUCUGUUUCGUUGAUUGGCAGAAUCAAAGAGCGG